AUGACAGCCAUUUGAUAAAUUUCAUCUGUCGAUUCACUUGACACUCGCGCCCAUUUGCAAAAUUUUGUAUGCAGUGCAAAUUUUUAAUAAUAAAAUUUAUAAUUGAAAAUGAACACGGGCACAAAAGAGGACUCGGAAGUCUACAUAACAUUUGAUGAGCUGAAAUGCCUUGACAUCGAGGGUUUGUCAACGUGCGUUUCAGUAAAAUCAGCAUUGACAAUAUGCGAGAAAAGUGUCGCAGAUCUGAGCACAAAAACUGUGGAAGUACUAAGAUUAUGGUUAAGAAAACUACUCAGAGGCUAUAUAAAGGAACUAUAUAAGGAAUCUAAUAUAGAGAUUUUUAAGUGUUUGUAUGAGUGGCUGAUGUGUUUGAAGGAUGAUGUGACCCCUGAGAAUAAAGGGGCCUGCUCUGAUUUUAUUUUACUAUUAACUGAUGCCGUGGACUUUGCUGUGUGGGCAAGGGAAAAUUUGCCAACAACUGACGAACGCUUCAUGCACGUAACAGUAUUUCUUCUCAUGUCAAUCGUCUAUAGAUGCCUUGAAGUGUGCAAUGAGUACCAUGUAGAGGCACUUAAGGAGCAUGAAUCUAAGGCUAUAGAACUACAUGUUAAUGUAUUAAAUAUGCUGGGAAAGAUUACAACCGCAUCCACUCGAGUCCAUCCACGCAUUACGCCACUAUUACGCCACAUGAUUGAAAUUGCAGACUACCUUAGUCUUAAUCCUAAGCAUUUAAAGGUUUUAGUCCAGACCAGCCAGAUUAUAACGGCUAUAUGCGCUCACUAUAAUAGUAUGGAGGCCAGCCAGGGUGAAUUGAAAGCCAUGCCUGAGUGGAUGCAGAGCACGUUGGUGCAUCUCUGCGAUACAGCGCUGAAUCAUCUUGAAAAAGCUAAUGAUCAGGUUAGGUUCCAUUCAUUAAUCUAUGUACCGUAACUCUAUUAAUCUAAA